UUAUAGAAAAUUUGUAAUAUUUUUUUAUUUUAAAAAAAUUGUAACUAAGUGAGUUAUUGUAAGUCAACCCGUUUAUCUACUAAAUUAUAAUGGAUCUGAGUCCGGCUGGAAUGAGCGGGUCUUCACAGCUCUACUGUAAAGAUACUGCUACCUUGGUUAUUUUUCUAUAUAUAUAAGAAUAGUUCGUUCUGAAGAGUUAGCAUGACACUAUUUUUGCUUUACUUUUCGUAUCACUUCAGAAAAAAAAAUAUGUCGACAAUGCAUCAUUACUACAGUGUGAUGAGGGUGAAUGAUGAACACACCACGGUUCUGCCUGGUGAUUAUUUCAACUUCGAAGUCAAAGUUAGAUUCCACUCAGCGGAUACAUUCCCAGAGGGAUUACAGCAUCAUUUUUCUCCAGCAUCAAUACCCGCCCAAGAUUUCUUCCAAGAGGGUCCAACCUUCUUACACACGGUGUUGUCACUUUCACCCUUCACCAUAGAAUGUGUGGAUGAAAUAGCAGAAGGGGUUCUUUCUACUGUUCAAGCCUUGUUUCGAGUUGAUAGCGUUUCUUCUUUUAUUUCCCUGGAACCCCAGGAAUCUCGACACCGAAUCAUUCCGUUAACGGUGACUGUUAUAAUAUUGAACUUUGUAGAGCGUGCAGCUAGUGAAGAGUUCACGCAGAGGUCUAGAAGGAGUCAGAGGGCGAGUUCAAGAAGGAGUGAGAGGCUGGGUACAAGAAGGAGUGAGAGGCUGAGUUCGAGAGCGAGUCAGAGGCAAAGUUCUAGACUGAAUCAGAGGCAGAGUUCUGAAGUGAAUUAUGGUUCCGAUGAUGAAAUCCUAAUAAAUAGAUUUUUGAAGAAGUGUACUGUUAUUAGAGAAUGUGAAUAUUGUUGUAUCUGCUUGGAAGAGCUGAAUGUCAAUGCUGAGUGCUACACGUUGCCAUGCCAACAUGUCUUUCAUCUUCCAUGUAUUCUCACAUGGCUCAAAACCAGUCAUGUAUGUCCUUUGUGUCGUCACUCUUUGCCAACAGGUGAAAACUAGGUCAAGAAUGUUAGUUAUAUGAUUCAAAAAUUUUAUUCAGUUCUUUUAAAUUUGUGUAAUGUUAUCUGUGGUUUUUGCACUGCAGUACAUUCUUGUUUAUUCAAUUAAGUUGUUUAUUUUGGUCC